AUGCCAUACGGCCGAUGCCACGCGGACCUAGCAGCGUCCGUCCGAACUUUUAGAAGCUCAGUUUGCCCUGAAGCUUCUUUGCGAUUGUCUGAGAAGGAAAUGGGGUGGGGAGGAACCACUACUUCACCUUCUUCCAAACAAAUGGCCGAUGACGGAGAUUUGCCAAUUCCAGAUGACAAAACCUAUGUCUAUCCCGAAAAGUACUCCUGCGAAAUACGAAAAUGUGAGGAUCAGUUCCGAGGUCUUUGCGUUAACGAGGAGCGUCCCCCGGGCCAGAUGUUGAAGGAACGGGAAGAUCAGGUUCGAAACGAUGCAGGAGGUUUUGUGUUUGCGGUGAGCGAUGAAACCCGCGUACGGCGAUUCAUCAUUCUUGGCACUGCUGGUGGGACGUAUUAUGCGACUGAAAAGGAGCAGACCAUGGAUAAUGUGAAGGCUCUGAUAGAUAUAAUCGAAAGAGGACAUGGGAGCCUGAUUCUGAAGGAAGUUUACGAGAUUUCCUUGUCGGGCCGAAACCCGAAGCAAGACCCUCUCCUGAUGGCCUUGGCGCUGUGUGCUAGAUACAAUGUCUCUGAUACGACAGCCAAGGCAAAAAAAUCUGCAGGAGAAGGCUCCGAAAAAGAUCUCAUCAAAGCGAAGAAUGAGUACCUCAGUCAGCUACACAAAUCUGCAUUCAGCAUUGUGAAUGAAGUUUGUCGAAUCCCCACACACCUUUUCACUUUUGUCAAAUAUUGCGAAUUGGUCUCCCAGUCGACACAACCCGAUGAGGGUAAAAAAUCAACUGGCUGGGGUCGCCUUAUGAGGACAACCAUACAAAAAUGGUAUGCAAGCAAGACUCCUGAGCUUCUUGCUAUGCACCUCACCAAAUAUCCUCAGAGGGGUGGUUGGUCUCACCGUGAUCUCUUCCGCUUGGCUCAUCCGACUCUCACUGAGAAGAAGAAUGAAAAUUCGAUUCUGGAAUACGAGCAAUUAUAUCACUUUGCCGUAAAAGGUGAUUUGAAUACCCGGAAACGCAACUUACCAAAAGAGGAGGCCGAUCUCUCACAGCCUGCUACUAAAUACAGUGCUAUUCAGAUGGACACUGAAGUGGAGAGCAGAGCCCUCAAACUUGUUGAGGCAGUCAUGGCUCUCAAAGACGAGAAGGACGAAGGAAAAAUCGUGGAGGCUAUAAAGAAGCACAAUCUUGUUCGCGAACACAUUCCUACCGAUAUGCUGAACUCUGUGACUGUUUGGCAAGCGCUUCUUGCGAAAAUGCCCAUGACCGCAAUGAUCAGAAAUUUGGGCAAGAUGCAGUCUAUAAACGCGCUCACUGGCGAGUAUCGCGAUGCCGUCAUCAGUAAACUCACAAGCGAAAGUGAGCUGAAACACGCAAGAAUUCAUCCUAUACAGGUCCUGCUAGCAAAGACAGUUUAUCAAGCAGGUCAUGGAGACAAGGGAAAGUUGAAGUGGGAAGUCGAUGAAAAGAUUGACAAAGCUCUUGAAGAUGCAUUCUACAAAUCGUUCAUAAAUGCACCACCUACGAACAAGCGUUUCUGCUUUGCAUUCGAUGUCUCAGGAAGUAUGUGCGCCCAGAUAUCUGGCACAAUGCUGUCAUGUCGAACCGCUAGUGCUGCUUUAUCCUUAGUGAGCUUGAAAAAUGAGAAGGAAGUCGAAUGCGUUGGUUUCUGUGACAAUCUCGUUGAACUGCCAUUCCGUGGCGAUUGGACAAUCGCUAAAAUUGAGGAGUACAUGGACGGCCUGAGUUUUGGAGCUACUGAUUGUGCUCUGCCAAUGCUUUGGGCUAAGGAUAAAAACAAGAAAUUUGAUGUAUUUGUAGUUUACACUGAUUGUGAGACUUACUUCGGGGAUGUUCAUCCGUUUGUGGCUUUACGCCAGUACCGUGAGGCAUCUGGCAUCAAGGAUGCUAAACUUGUAGUAAUGGGAAUGACCUCAACCGGUUUUACCAUCGCUGAUCCCGAGGACGCUGGAAUGAUGGACAUUGUGGGCUUUGACUCCGCAGUUCCCACCCUGCUUGCCGACUUUGUUAACGGAAAAGUCUAAUCUCUACUGUAUUCACAUGUGUUGUUUUGUAUAUAUUUGAAGCUACUGGUUAUUAACAUAUGUGAUUGUUAUUUUUGGCACAUUACUUAAUCCCAGUAUCAAAUGCCAAAUUAUUGUUAAUGCUUUGCUUUAGAACUUCAUCUAAUCAUUCAUUUCGCAUAUCGUAUGUUUUCCCAAAAAGAUUUUUAGUAUGUUUAGCUUAUACAAGGGCAUUCCCAUGUCAUUGGAUAUCUAUAAAAAUGUGCAAUUGACUUGUUUAUUCUUGU